GGCGCCCCUUCGCAAGCCAGCCGCGUCGCCGGCGCGGCGGGCCGAGGGACGGCCGAACGGCGAGACGGCGGCGAGGUGUCGGCCCGCUCGUGCGAGCGUCGGCCGAGCACGUGAUAUCGAGUCGUGCUUGUCCCUUGGCGAAGGGGGAACCUUGAAGAGUAGUGGAAAGUAAACCACAGUCUGGGGACGAUGUCUCUGCAUCUGUUCGAGUACAUGCAGUCGGCCCAGAUGAGCAGGUCGACCCCUUCCGCGGCCAUGCUGGCUCAAGCAGCCCAGCCCCUUGGGCGAAGCAUUGGUUCGUACGCGCAUGAAGUGCUUGGGUUGAACCAUUCAUUCCUCGGAAUAGUCGCGCCAUGCUUCACGUUCUUCCAGUGGUUCUGGCGGCUUUUCCAACACUCACUUGUGCGCUGCACCAUGCGACGUCCGCAUUGCCAGCGCAGUUGGACGCGGAAGACUUGCAAGCUGUCCUUGACGGGCUCCAAAGGGGCGGUAAAGGGUUGAUUGCCGACGAGGCAUACGCGUUUAAGGAGAAGGAUGUGUGGCAUCCCUACGAGCUGACGAGCAUUGGGCGCAAGUGGGGCGAGUAUCAAGCAUCGCUAGCGCGUGGCAUUAGCGACGGGUCAGGGAAGAAACAUUUGAAGGUGCUGGUCGUGUCCGCGGUUGCAGACACUCUGCGGGAGAGGCAGCUUUUGGAGGACAGCGUGCAGCGGUUGGCGGCCACGAGCAGCGGCCAUGAUGACAUCUUUCAGUGGGCCCUCUUUCACCAUGAUAAGACCACCGAGAACUGGGACAACUCGACUCUGUUCACAAAGACGACUGGAACUGGUGAGAAGCUAGUUGUUUUCGAUCGCAAGGGCGCGGGCUGCAAGCUGCAGAACUGGGGCGCCUUGCCGGAAGAGCUUACGAGCAAGUACGACUUUAUCUGGAUGAUGGACUCAGACUUGCGGCUCGAUUUCUUCCGAUGGGACUUGUACCGGGCCGUCCUGACAACGCUCAAUCCAUUGGUCUCGCAGCCGUCAGUCCUCCCCCCAUUCGGUGGAGGCCAGUCCAGCGCAAUCAAGUCCCUGACAAUCCAUUCUUCCUGUAGCGACGGGUUCCCUGUAGCAAUGGAGUUGCCUCGAACCGAGGUGCAGGCGCCUGUGAUCUCCACAAAGAUUUGGCCCGCGAUUCGCACCCGUAUACGCAACGGCCCAGGGACAACAGAUUGGUUCACAGACUCUUUCUGGGAUGCGAUUGUCCAGACGGCGAAGGACUUCAAUUGUGGCCAAGUUGGACCAGUGAUGGUGAAUGCUGCGCCCGUAUGGCACCAAUCUUGGAAGACCCUCAGCAAGAAGGGCGGAGGCAAGUGCCCACCUUGGAAGGGAGCAGGGGCCAACCGGCGUGACAUCUCAUCCGAAGAGUAUGAAGCAGUGAAAGCGGCAUUGUUGAGCAUAGGAUGCCAGUCAAACAUGUCUCAAACGUUGUUCAAUUUCCUCUUCUCGGAGCAAGCACACGAAGGACAGAGGUUAUGCAGGCCUGGAGUGUCAAUGUGCCGCAAGUGGAUCGAUGGCAGCGCCAAGGGCGCCUCACCGCACACGUGCUUCCCACAAGCUCCAGAGUUCGCGCGAACAGAGUUCGCAAAGCGCGGCAUGGUGACCGCCGACGACACUGAGCAUUUGCUUGGCGGGCUUCAGGUAGGGAUCUACCAAGGGCUGCCAGAGAAGACCAAGCGCCUGAGGCCUCUUAGUCGCAUGCGCCAGCGCAUGCAGCGCUGGCAGAAUGCCACCGAACGCCUGGGCUAGCCACGCAUCCUGCGAGAAAGACUCACCCCUGCCCCCUUGUGGAGUCAGCCCUCUGUCUUGGUGUUGGUGCCCACUUCAGGCAUCCCAUGUGAAGCAAUGUUAGAUUUCCCGCUGACCCUCCUCGUGUCUCUUGCGCGCGCCGCCUGGGCUCAAGGGUGGGACCGCUUGUGCCUCGAAGCUUUGGUGCCUCGCCAAUGAAAAAGAGGAGGGAAGGGAGUCUGUGGGAAACACAUAUACGCA